AUGACGUCUGCAGAUUAUCUCAAUAAUAAUAAUAGCGAUACUACUUUUGGAAACGAAACAAAGUCUGGGACACUAGCAGAUGAUAGGGAAAUUCAAUCAACGUUACCACUGCCAGUAAAUUACUUGUCACCAGCUUCGUUGGAUAGUCAAAGAUCUUACACAAACAAUAGUCUUGAUUCCAAAAAUUUUACCAAUUUCCAAAGUGUUCCCUCUGUGUUGAAUGGUCCAAAUCAAGCUCUAAACUCCAUCUUUAGCUCUAAAGUAAUGUCUAGUCCUGAACUAUUAAGUUUGAACCAUGACCUUCCACAAAACAAUAUACACUCUGUAGAGAAUCAAGCAGUAGGUGUCGUGUCUAACUCCAAUCUCAACCAAACUCCAACAGCUACAACAAUUCCUGUUGCUACCGGGAAAAAGGCUACUGUUGUCAAAAGAAAAUAUUCAAGGAAUGGAUGCACUGAAUGCAAAAGACGUAGAAUGAAAUGUGAUGAAACCAAACCAGUAUGUUGGCAAUGUUCUAGAUUAAACCGUGAAUGUAUUUACAUUUUGAAUGCCAAAAAUAAAAAGAGAAAAACCACUGCAAAAAGCUCGCCCUCAGCUGGGAAAAUAUCAAAGGAUAACAAAAAAGAAUCAAUGACACCAACUUCUAAUACAAGCACACCAAUUGAUGCUAGUGAGAGAGCGUCUCUACUCACCGAUAGCAGGCCAAUUAGCAAUAUUUCUUCAAUGUCUUCCGAUAAAGUAAUCGAUAUACCAAACAUAAUAUCUGCUAAUAAAAUGAAUGAAGUUGAUGCUAAUCUUUUAAUGCAAAAUUUAAAUGAUAUUGUUAGUAUGAAAUUAAAUGAUUCAGUAAUGUUAAACGAAAGUUUGAAAAAUUAUGAUUUUCCCGAUUUAGAAAUACCAGAGCUACUACCCAACAACCCUACAAAUAUAAGUUCUGUCCCUAUUUCAUUUCUUGUUAAUAAUAUCAUUCAAUUUAAUAUUAAAAUAUCAUCUUUCAGGCUAGGUGGUAUCCAUGAUGAGUACUUGCGAAUAUUCUACAAUGAUUGUUUGGAUUCCAUUGCCCCAUUUUUCCAAGACCAAGGAAAUCCAUUAAGAGAUAUUUUAUUAUCAUUUGCCCGAAAUGAAUCAUACCUACUAUCUGCUAUUCUAGCCAUAGGGGCAUCCAUAGCACACAGGAAAUCUAAUAAAUUAGAAGAUGAAAAAAAUUAUUGUGCAUAUCUUUCGCAUUGUUUAAAUCUUUUGGGUGAUCAAUUUCACAAUGAAUCAAAUGUUUUGAACAAAAUUGAACCCAUUAUUUUAACUGUUAUUUUAUUAGCAUGGGAUUGUAUCUAUACGAUGAAUUCUCAGUGGAGAUCUCAUUUGAAAGGUGUGACUGAUUUAUUCAAGAAAAUCAAUUCUGGAAGCUCCUCUAAAGUACUAAAUGUGGCUAAAUGUUGGUUUAAAGUGAUAGAGACAUUUGCCAGUAUAAGUACAGUCCUCGGUGGGUCAUUGACAGAUGAUGAUAUCAAUUACAUUUUUGAUCCAUAUGAUUUUCAGUAUGUUGAUUCCUUGAAAUUUUUGAAUAUUAUGACACCAUUAAACGAGUUCAAUUUAUUACGUGGACAUAAGGAAGAUUUGGAUUUAGUCAUUAGAGAAGUCAUUAGGUCAUUGAAUUCUAUUAGAAUGUAUGAAAAGAAAGAUAUUGCUGAUGAGGGCGGGAUGUUCAAUAAAAAUAUUGAUUAUUUGUUGUGGUCACCAAAUAAAACAAGAGAAGAUGAUCCGAUCUCUUAUUUUAAAACACAAAAGAUAUUGAUUGAACUUGAUAAACAGUUAGAGUAUGAGUUUAUUAGCAAGACUGGGAUCAUAUCUAAGGAAAGUCAAUCUCAUCCAGAUAAUAGUCACAUUAGUGAUAAUGCCAUUGAUAUAGUAACAUUAAAGAAUGGAGAGCGUGUGGCUAUUAGUUGGUAUGAUAUCUCACAUCAGACUCAAACUUUAUCAUUCCUCUUGAUUGUUUUGCUGAAGCUGUUAGGUAUACCAAGAGAAUCCAUUACGAUUCAGCAAGUUGUCAAAAGGAUCAUGUCAUUUUUUUUCUUUGUUGAUAGUGAAAACCCACCACAAAAUGCAAGAACAUGUUAUUCAAAUUUUGCUGUGUUGUUAGCUGGUUUGAAUGCAAUGGAUGAAGAUACAAGAGAUUUAGUGAGGAAGUAUUUCAAACUAAACCGUGGAACCUCUAGGAGAUUAACUGAACAUAAUCUGAAUAGAUUAGAAAAGGUCUGGUCGGGUACUGAAGAAGAUUAUAAACUUGCUGAUCAAGACGUUUUAACAUGGUGA